GUUCUCUGCUCUGCCAUUGUGGGGCGCUACAAGCCUUACAUAAGCUAUCAUUUACAGCACUGUGAAUUCUCGGUUAUGGUUGAUUCCACAGGACGGUAGAUGCUGCAGAUCUGGUUUGCAGUUAGAGGAAUUAAAAAAACAAAAAACAAAAGCCAAGUACAUAUGUGUUAUUACCAGAGGGAGCAGUUAGAUUUUUUUGGGUCAGAAAAAAGGUUUUGCCUCCAAGAAACAAAGAAACGAUUGGCUGUGAAAGAUGGCAGUGACCAUGAAGCCGAUGUUCUUCAGAUUUGGCGUGGUCAUCACUCUCAGUCACACAGACACUGAACUCUUGGUGCUUGGCUCAAGGGCAGAGAUGGGAGCCUGGGACCCGCAGUUUGCCGUACCAAUGAAGCCCACACGAUGUCCUCUGUCCACUAUUGAGCCAUCUCUCUGGGUGGGAGAGGUACUAUUGGAGGAGCCAUUCACUAACAAAUUUUGGUUCAAAUUUAUCAAAAAGGAAGCUGGAGUGUUAAUUUGGGAAGGUAAUGGACCACACCAUGACCGCUGCUGUGUUUACGAGGAAAGUAACAUAGUAGAUGGUGUUUAUUGCGAUCCAAUAGGGCAUUGGAUUGAAACCACUGGACAUACUGAUGAAAUGAAGCACACCACAGACUUCUACUUCCACAUUGCAGAUAAUCAGGCCAUGCAUUUCUCCAGAAUACUGCCUAAUAUAUGGCUUGGAAGUUGCCCUCGGCAGCUGGAGCACAUUACGAUCAAGAUGAAACAUGAAUUAGGAGUGACUGCUGUCCUGAACUUCCAGACAGAAUGGGAUGUUAUUCAGAACUCCAAAGGCUGCAAUAAGUAUUCUGAGCCCAUGAGUCCAGACACCAUGUUCAGGUUAUAUAAUGAAGCUGGAAUGACAUAUAUAUGGAUUCCUACACCUGAUAUGAGUACAGAAGGUAGAGUUCGGAUGCUGCCACAAGCUGUAUAUCUUUUAUUUGGACUUUUAGAAAAUGGCCACACUGUGUACGUGCACUGCAAUGCUGGUGUUGGUAGAUCUACGGCUGCACUGUGUGGUUUUCUCAUGUAUGUAAUUGGUUGGAGCCUCAGAAAAGUGCAGUACUUUCUAGCAUCAAGAAGACCGGCUGUGUACAUUGAUGAGGAAGCUAUGAUGCGUGCUGAGGGAGAUUUCCAUCAGAAGUUUGGUCAUCUCCGUUCUACAGUGUGUAGAAUUUAGUUUAGCGUAGUCACUGCAUUGACUAUAGAGAUUUUUUUUUUUUUUUGCUUGUAUACAGUGCAUUUGGAAAGUCUUCAGACCCUUUAACUUUUUUCACAUUUUGAAGUGUCGUGGCCUUGUGCUAAAAAAAAAAAAAAAAAAAAAAAAAAAGUUUUUCCCCAAGCAAUUUGCACUCAUCCCAUAAUGACAGAGGGAAAACAGAAUUUUUCUAAUUUAUUAAAAAGGGAAAACUUAGAUUUCACAUGAACAUAAGUAUUCAGACCUUUUGCUAUGACAUUUGGGAUUUAGCUUUAGCAUUUAGCAUCUUUAAGAUGUUUCGACUCCUUUAUUGGAGUCCUCCUUUGGUAAAUUCACUUGAUUGGACAUGUUUUGGAAAAACAUACCUCUGUCUUUAUAAAAUUUCACAGUUGACAAUGCAUAUCAGAUUAAAAACCAAGCCAUGAUGAGGAAAGAACUGCCUAUACAGCACAGAGACAGGAUUGUGUGGAGGAACAGAUACUGUAUUGAGAAGUAUACAAAAAAAUGUCUGCUAUAUUGAAGGGUUUCAAGAGCACAGUAGCCUCUAUUAUUCUUAAAUGGAAGAUGUUUGGAACAACUAGGACUCUUACUAGACAUGGCUGCCCCACCAAACUAAGUAAUAAGGGGGGAAGAGCAUUGGUCAGAGAGGUGACCAAGAUCCCAAUUUUCACUCUGGCUGAACUCCAAAGAUCCUGUCUGCAGAAGAGAAAACUUCCAGAAGGUCAACCAUCACUGCAGCACUCCACCAAUCUAGGCUUUUUGUUAGCGUGUCCAGAAAGAAGCCUCUCUGCAAUAAAGGACACAUGAAAGCUCACCUGUUUGCAGAGAAGCACCUAAAGGACUAUUUCUGGUCUGAUGAAGCCAAUAUUGAACUUUUUGGCCUCAAUUCUAAGCAUCAUAUCUGGAGGAAACCAGGCACUGCUCAUCUCCUACCAAUAUCAUCCCUACAGUGAAGCAUGGUGGUGGAAGCAUCACGUUGUGGUGCUGUUUUUCAGUGACUGGGACAAUGAGACUGGUCAGGGUUGAGAGAAAGCUGAAAAGAGCAAAGUAAAGGGAUAUUCUUAAACAAAAUCUGAUCCACAGUUCUCUGGACCUCAGACUUGGACAAAGGUUAACUUUCCAAAAAGACAAUGAACCUUAGCACACAAACAAGACAACACGGGAGUAGCUUAGGUAUAACUCUGAAUGUCCUUCAGUGACCCAUCCAGAACACCGCCUUGAACCCAACAUUUCUGGAGAGACCUGAAAAUGGCUGUCCACUAAUGGUCUCCAUCCAACCUGACAGAACUUGAGAAGAUCUGCAUAGAAGAAUGGUAUACAUUCCCCAAAUCCAGGUGUGCAAACCAAAUGGCAUCAUACCUAAGAAGACUGGAGGCUGUUGCCAAAAGUGGUUCAACUCAGUAAUGCGUAAAGGGUCUGAAUACUUAUGUCAAUGCAAUAUUUUAGUUUUUCCCUUUUUUAAUAAAUUAAUUAUUUCAAACAUUUUGUUUUCAAGUUGUCAUUACAGGGGUAUUGAGUGCAGAAUGAUGGGGGUAAAACUAGAAUUUUUUAAAUUUUUAGCACAGGACUGCAACAUAAAAUGUGAAAAAAGUGAAAGGGUCUGAAGACUUACAAACUGCAUUCUAUAUUUCAAAGAUUUUAAUUACCUGUUUGAUAAAAUGUGAUGUUAAUUUUAGAGGUGCUAAGUACCUUUCAGGUACUGUUCAGCAAAUCUAGGUACAGUACGAUUAGCACUAGCUCUUCAUGUAUAUGAGGUGUCACCCGCUGCUGAUACUUCCAGGCUAGUGUAGGUUAGUGAUAGUAUGCGGUAUAGGAUAUAUUAUCACUUGCUUCUUCAUUUUAACCAUAAUUUAUCAUAUUUAAUCAUGCAAUGUGUCUUCUCUAUUUGCUAAUAUCAGUAAUGACCACUACAAAACUAUGUCUAAUAAUACAAAUAAUAAAAAUGGCCUUCUUUC